AUAGACACACACACGCAUACACUGACUUAAGGUGAGCUCCAAAAACUUUCUCCGCACUUCGCUGCCCUCCGUCCCAAACUGCUGGAGAGUUCUGAGAGCAUCUCAAGUCGGGAGCUCUGCGCAAGUGAAGAAGAUUCUUUUGGCUUUAAAGAUGAAGAAUCUACUUUUUCUGGUGCUGAUUUCUGUCUGCUGGGCUGAACCUCAUCCUGACAAGUCUAGUCUGGAGCAUGAACGAGUUGUUCACAUUCAAGAAAAUGGACCCCGUCUACUUGUGGUAGCAGAACAAGCCAAAAUCUUCUCUCAUCGGGGUGGCAAUAUCACACUGCCAUGUAAAUUCUACCAUGAACACACAUCAACAGCUGGCUCAGAAGCCCACAAAAUCCGGGUCAAGUGGACCAAACUCACCUAUGAUUACCUCAAGGAACUGGAUGUUUUUGUGGCCAUGGGGCACCACAGGAAGAGCUACGGGAGCUACCACGGGAGGGUGUUCCUGAGGGAGAGCAGUGAGAAUGAUGCCUCCCUUGUAAUCACAAACAUAAUGCUGGAGGACUACGGGAGGUACAAGUGUGAGGUGAUUGAGGGACUGGAGGAUGACACGGCAGUGGUAACUCUGAAUCUGGAAGGUGUGGUGUUCCCUUACUCCCCACGGCUGGGGCGGUACAACCUGAAUUUCUACGAGGCUCAGCGGGCGUGUAUGGAGCAGGACUCCGUCAUCGCCUCCUUUGACCAGCUCUAUGACGCUUGGAGGUCGGGGCUGGACUGGUGCAACGCUGGCUGGCUUAGUGAUGGAUCUGUGCAGUACCCCAUCACCAAGCCCCGGGAGCCCUGUGGAGGGAAGAACACAGUGCCUGGGGUCAGGAAUUACGGGUUCUGGGACAAGGAAAAAAGCCGAUAUGACGUUUUCUGCUUCACUUCCAACUUCAACGGCCGUUUUUACUACCUGAUCCACCCGAUCAAGCUGACGUACGAUGAGGCGGUGCAGGCGUGCCUGAAGGACGGGGCCCAGAUCGCAAAGGUGGGGCAGAUCUUCGCUGCCUGGAAGCUGCUGGGGUACGACCGGUGCGACGCGGGUUGGCUGGCAGACGGCAGUGUGCGCUACCCCAUCUCCCGGCCCCGCAAGCGCUGCAGCCCCAGCGAGGCUGCCGUGCGCUUCGUCGGCUUCCCUGACAAGAAGCACAAGCUGUACGGGGUCUACUGCUUCAGGGCCUACAACUGAGAGAUAUAAAAACCCCUAGAGCAUGUAAAAGUCUUUAAAAAGUCAUCAGGAAUGUGUUUGAAAGAUUUUUCUUUUUCAGUAUGAACUCAUGCAAGUUUGCCAAAACUGUGAUAAACUUCUUUUACUUAUUGUAAAGAGUUGUUUUCAUAAACCCAACCCAAUAAUCCGUUUGGUUAUUUAGUUUGGUUU